UCAGCAGGCAAUUUCUUAAGCCAUAAACGGUGGAAGCGACGUAGAGAGUGACAGGGUGGGCAGAGAAAGUGUUCCAGAGGAGAAACAAUGUUAAGGGAGUUCGCCUGAAAUCUUCACAAUUUCAGUGAAAAUGGUCCGAAUUUGUAGUUGUUUUCGGGCAGCGUAGCUGGUGUAGCGCACCAGAUUCUCGAGGUGUGGUGCGCAUCUCUCACCUCUCGCCACGGGCACUGAGCAUGCCCAGCUUGUCUGCGAGAGGGGUCCCCCCCAGAGGAGCUGCCAGCCAAUACUCCAUCGCUCCAGGUUUUAUGAACAACCGCGAGUGGGGAGGAGGGACAGGAGCAAGGAGCCGGGCAGAGCAACGGGUUCAACACAGGGAUUGGUCGCAAGUAGGAAGCUUUUCCACUACACCGGGUCUCGGGGAAUCUGUCUGCGGUCCCGAGGCUCCCGCGGAGCUCCUAGCAAAGGUAAUGUGCAGUUGAAUGUUCAAGAUAAAUAUCUUACUCCAGAAAAGGAUUGUCUGACACAUAGUCAUUCCACAAUAUGCAUCCAAUAUACAGAUCCUUAUGAAAGAUUAAAGGUUGUAUAAAACUCAAAAGAAGCAGCCAUUCUAGUCACUAGUUAUUGGACUUGAGCCUCCUUUGACCUCGGAAACUGAAGAUGAGGUUGCUAUGGGAACUCCUGGUGCUGCAAUCAUUCAUGUUGUGCCUUGCAGAUGACAAUACACUGCACGGACCAAUUUUCAUCCACGAACCAAGCCAUGUGAUGUUCCCAUUGGAUUCAGAGGAGAAGAAAGUGAAAUUGAAUUGUGAAGUUAAGGGGAAUCCCAAACCACUUAUCAGGUGGAAGUUAAAUGGAACAGAUGUUGACAUUGGUAUGGAUUUCCGCUACAGUGUGGUUGAAGGCAGCUUGUUGAUCAAUAGCCCCAAUAAAACCCAAGAUGCUGGAACAUACCAGUGCAUAGCAACAAACUCAUUUGGAACAAUUGUGAGCAAGGAAGCAAAACUUCAGUUUGCUUAUCUGGAAAACUUCAAAACACGAACAAGAAGUACCGUGUCCGUGCGCCAAGGUCAAGGAAUGGUGCUACUGUGUGGCCCCCCACCUCAUUCUGGAGAACUGAGCUAUGCCUGGAUCUUCAAUGAAUACCCGUCAUACCAGGAUAACAGACGUUUUGUUUCUCAAGAGACUGGAAACCUAUACAUUGCCAAAGUGGAAAAAUCAGAUGUUGGGAAUUAUACCUGUGUAGUAACCAACACAGUCACAAACCACAAAGUGCUAGGACCUCCUACACCUUUAAUACUGAGGAAUGAUGGGGUCAUGGGUGAAUAUGAGCCAAAAAUAGAAGUACAGUUUCCAGAGACAGUCCCAACUGCGAAAGGAGCAACUGUGAAGUUGGAAUGCUUUGCUUUGGGAAAUCCAGUUCCAACUAUUAUCUGGCGAAGAGCUGAUGGAAAGCCAAUAGCCAGGAAAGCCAGAAGACACAAAUCCAAUGGGAUUCUUGAAAUUCCAAAUUUCCAGCAGGAAGAUGCUGGUCUAUAUGAGUGUGUAGCUGAAAAUUCAAGAGGAAAAAAUGUGGCCAGAGGACAGUUGACAUUUUAUGCUCAGCCUAACUGGAUCCAAAAAAUAAAUGAUAUCCAUGUGGCCAUUGAGGAAAGCAUCUUUUGGGAGUGCAAAGCAAAUGGGAGACCAAAGCCUACAUACAGGUGGCUAAAAAAUGGUGAACCAUUGCUAACUCAGGACACAAUUCAAAUCGAGCACGGGACACUAAACAUAACCACCGUGAACCUCACUGAUGCAGGCAUGUAUCAAUGUGUGGCUGAAAACAGACAUGGAAUUAUUUUUGCUAGUGCAGAGCUCAGCGUUAUUGCUUUGGGUCCAGACUUCUCCAGAACCCUUUUGAAAAGGAUGACCCUUGUUAAAGUGGGAGGCGAAGUUGUCAUUGAGUGUAAACCAAAGGCUUCCCCUCGGCCUGUCUAUACUUGGAAAAAAGGGAAGGAGAUCGUAAGAGAAAAUGAACGAAUUACUUUUUCUGAAGAUGGAAGCCUUAGAAUCAUGAAUGUGACAAAAUCUGAUGCUGGCAGUUACACUUGUAUCGCAACUAAUCAUUUUGGAACAGCUAGCAGUACUGGAAACUUGGUGGUAAAAGAUCCAACCCGCCUUCUGGUGCCACCCUCCAGUAUGGAUGUUACUGUUGGAGAAAGCAUUGUCCUGCCUUGCCAAGUAUCCCAUGACCACUCACUGGACAUUGUGUUUACUUGGUCAUUCAAUGGACGCCUGAUUGACUUUGACAAAGAUGGUGACCAUUUUGAAAGAGUAGGAGGGCAGGAUUCAGCUGGUGAUUUGAUGAUCCGAAGUAUCCAGCUGAAGCAUGCUGGGAAAUAUGUCUGCAUGGUACAAACAAGUGUGGACAAGAUAUCAGCAACUGCAGACCUGAUUGUAAGAGGUCCCCCAGGCCCACCAGAGGCCGUGACUAUCGAUGAAAUCACAGAUACCACCGCCCAGCUGUCCUGGAGGCCAGGAGCAGAUAACCACAGCCCUGUCACAAUGUAUGUCAUUCAGGCCAGAACACCAUUUUCCGUGGGCUGGCAAGCAGUCAGUACAGUCCCAGAACUGAUUGAUGGGAGGACAUUUACUGCUACUGUGGUGGGCCUGAACCCUUGGGUUGAAUAUGAAUUCCGUGUCGUUGCGGCCAACACCAUUGGAAUUGGGGAACCAAGCAGACCUUCAGAGAAACGAAGAACUGAGGAAGCCCUCCCUGAAGUCACCCCAGCUAACGUCAGUGGAGGUGGAGGCAGCAAAUCUGAGCUGGUCAUAACCUGGGAGACUGUCCCUGAAGAAUUACAAAAUGGAGGAGGUUUUGGGUAUGUGGUGGCAUUUCGACCCUUUGGCAAAGUGAGCUGGAUGCAGACAGUGUUGGCUUCUGCAGAUGCGUCCAGAUACGUGUUCAGGAAUGAGAGCCUGCCUCCAUUCUCCCCCUAUGAAGUGAAAGUGGGAGUCUACAACAACAAAGGAGAAGGCUCUUUCAGUCCAGUCACAGUGGUGUAUUCUGCAGAAGAAGAACCCACUAAACCACCACCCAGCAUCUUUGCCAGAAGCCUGUCUGCCACAGACAUUGAAGUUUUCUGGUCCUCUCCCCUAGAGUCAUUUAGUAAAGGACGGAUACAGGGUUAUGAGGUCAAAUACUGGAGUCAUGACGAUAAAGAAGAGAAUGCUAGGAAAAUAAGAACGAUUGGAAAUCAAACAUCAACGAAAAUAACCAAUUUGAAAGGCAGUGCUUUAUAUCAUUUGGCUGUCAAGGCCUACAACACUGCUGGAACUGGACCCUACAGUGUAACUGUCAAUGUGACAACAAAAAAGCCACCACCAAGUCAACCCCCUGGAAACAUCAUAUGGAAUUCAUCUGACUCCAAAAUUAUAUUGAAUUGGGAUCAAGUCAAAGCCCUGGACAAUGAAUCCGAAGUAAAGGGAUACAAAGUUUUAUACAGAUGGAACAGACAGAGCAGCACAUCUGUAAUUGAAACAAACAAGACGUCCGUGGAGCUUUCCUUGCCUUUCGAUGAAGACUAUAUCAUAGAAAUUAGGCCAUUUAGUGAUGGAGGAGAUGGCAGUAGCAGUGAACAAAUUCGAAUUCCAAAGAUAUCAAGUGCGUAUGCAAGAGGAUCUGGAGCCUCAACUUCAAAUGCUUGUACGUUGUCAGCCAUCAGUACGAUAAUGAUCUCCCUCACAGCGAGGUCCAGUUUAUGACAAAAAAUAUCUAAAGGACUUGCUGAUGAUAAUAUAAGCAACAUUUAGCUAGUUGUUUUGAAGACACCCAGUACUAAGUAAUAUUGUUGUUCAAGUACAUCUUAUUACUGGAAAAAAAUGUUUUAUGCUUCUUUAGAAAUGGCAUUAUACAGUACUUCCUCAAAGCAAAUAUAGCUUUGUCUGAAGUUUCUUUGGAAACUCUGCAAUGCACUGAAAACAUCUGUAAUAUGAUGUUACCAAAGCAGUUUACAUAUGUCCUUAUAUGCAUAUUUUUUAUUAUAUAUUUAGUGUUUUAUAGAAUUUUUUAAAGUUAACAUAUGAUGUAGAUAUUGAUUUUUUUUUCCUCUUGCUGUAAAAUGCUAUGGGUGACACUAUCAUAAACUUAUGAUUUGAAAAUGUUUCCUCUAAGGAUGGAGUGUUCAAAACUUGUCUCAGUGAAUCAACUGCAACUUGACUGUGCAGUUUUACAGGGCAUCCCCAGGGUGACCAGCUGGGGACUUGGUUUGUCACUCAAGGCUACUGGAUUUAAAUGGCAGUUAUGAUGGUGGUGGAUGCAUUCAAUCAAGUACUUCUGAUAUGUAAAAUUCGCUUGCUCCUCACUCUCUUCCUCUCCCCAAUCCCCCUUCCCAUCAUCCUAUGGAUUUUGUGACCUACAAAACAAUUUUCAGGAAUGGCUGCAAUCUCAAAAGCAUAAACACACCGCCCAAGGGGCACUUUGUGCAAUAUUCCCAUCCAUGACAUUAGCGUCGCAUCGCAUUGUAAAGUUUUCUUUAUACUCAACUCAGUUUCUAUUGUCUUUGUAGUAGCAUUAUCUUAGACAUGGAAAUCAACAUUACAUAUCUUGUAGUAACACAGAUCAAGUUACUAUAGUCAACCGAGUCUUUGAAGAGAAGAGGUAAUUUUCCUAUCUUGAAAUGUAAUUGUUUUGAAUGUACAUUUUAAAAGGUAAUUCUAUGUUGAUGGUUUCAUAAUUUAUUUACAAAAUUUCUUAUAUAUGAUAUCUAUGUAGCUCUUUUUAAAAAAUCCCAUCAUUUGAAUUAAGAUAAUGUACGGAAUUUGACAGAUUUUUCCUGUUUUGGCAAGCAAUUGUUGCAAGUACAUUUUUUUCAUAUGAAUCUUCAGAGAGAUUCCUUGAUAUGGUUGUAUGUUCCCUUAAUGAAUCGCGAGCUUCAUGUAGGCAGCCUAGUUGCUUUAUAAACUUUUACAUUCUUAGUCUUAAAAUUGCAUUGGAAAGUGACAAUAUCAAACAAACCAUAUUAUUCAGGAAAGGACUGUUUGUUAUUAUAGGGGAAUUUUGUAAGCUGACUUUGACAGAGCUAUCAACAUAACUAAAGCGAAAAAAUUUUCUAGAAAAAUUUUCACCUUUAAAUGUGCUGCCACCAUUUUUUUCUUUCCUCUCCUGAGAGCUUGAAUUUGCCUGUAACUUGUCAUAUUUUUGCUUACAAAUAAUACAAGUUAACUUUUAAACCUUCUAAAUAUAUUUAUUCAGUAAAGUCAUAAUCAGGAUUCCACUUGUGUAAAAGUCAAGGGUGUUAACCAGAAAAAAAAUAUUGUCAGUAUUUCAUGCUGUGUUCCUUUCUUAGUUUAAUAUGGUUACUUCUAUGUAAAAAACAAAAACAAAAACAGUACAAAAACCAAAAAAUACAAAAAAAUACAAAAAUCGCACAAAAAAGACAAAAACAGCAAAAUAAAUGAAAAAUAGGACACCCCAUGUAGUUUCCAUCCCCAGUGUAAAUGAUAUUUAUCAGUGAUCUAGCAGAUGUAAUCUUUUUUUAAAGGUAUUGUUAAUAAAUAUGCUG